AUGAAAGGCAUCGAUUCUUUUACAAACAAGACCCAACUCCUGUCAAAGCUCUCCAUCCCGUCUACACGGUCACAAAAAUACAGAACAAGAUCCUCACCCUUGAUUGUACCAAGGUAUCAUAGAGUCCUUGCCCAUAUCGAUGGUUCCGACCCCCCAUCCAAGACUGACCCGACCUACGAAAACUGGACAGAGAUUGAUGCCAUCAUCCUCCAAUGGAAUUAUGGAACGAUUUCAGACGAUCUCCUUACGUGGGUGCUUGAACCGGACUCCACAGCAUAUGAAGCCUCGUUCAAAAUUCAAAAUAUCUUCCUCAACAACAAAGGACCUCGUGCUGCUGCUCUUGAACACGAGUUCACAAACCUUACCCUUCGAGCAAUGUCAUCCCUUGAAGCUUAUUGCCAACGUCUCAAAGAUCUUGCCAACGUCUCAAAGAUCUGGCAAGUCAACUGA